UGUUCUCCCUGGACAGCGCCCCAUGCCCAGGAAAAGCAAAUGUCCAACAGCAGCUCCAUCACCCAGUUCCUCCUCCUGCCGUUCACAGACACACGGGAGCUGCAGCUCUUGCACUUCUGGCUCUUCCUGGGCAUCUACCUGGCUGCCCUCCUGGGCAACGGCCUCAUCAUCACCACCAUAGCCUGGGACCAGCACCUCCACACCCCCAUGUACUUCUUCCUGCUCAACCUUGCCCUCCUCGACCUGGGCUGCAUCUCCACCAUUGUCCCCAAGUCCAUGGCCAAUUCCUUCAUGGGUACCAGGGCCAUUUCUUAUAUGGGCUGUGCUGCCCAAGUCUUUAUGUUUUCCUUUUUCAUUUCAGCAGAAUAUUCUCUCCUCACAGUCAUGUCGUACGACCGCUACAUUGCCAUCUGCAAACCCCUGCACUACGGGACCCUCCUGGGCAGCAGAGCUUGUGUUCACAUGGCAGCAGCUGCCUGGGCCACUGGGUUUCUCAAUGCUCUGCUGCACACGGCCAAUACAUUUUCACUGCCCCUGUGCAAGGGCAAUGCCCUGGGCCAGUUCUUCUGUGAAAUCCCCCAGAUCCUCAAGCUCUCCUGCUCACACUCAUACCUCAGGGAACUUGGGUUUCUUGCAGUUUGUAUAUUAGUAGUAUUUGGCUGUUUUGUGUUCAUCGUGGUGUCCUAUGUGCAGAUCUUGAGGGCCGUGCUGAGGAUCCCCUCUGAGCAGGGACAGCACAAAGCCUUUUCCACAUGCCUCCCUCACCUGGCCGUGGUCUCCCUGUUUGUCAGCACUGCCAUGUUUGCCUACCUGAAGCCCCCCUCCAUUUCUUCCCCAUCCCUGGACCUGGUGGUGUCUGUUCUGUACUCGGUGGUGCCUCCAGCAGUGAACCCCCUGAUCUACAGCAUGAGGAACCAGGAGCUCAAGGAUGCCCUGAGGAAACUCAUAUCUUAG